AUGCCUAAAACAACUCUAGCCUUAGGCCCUUGCCCCCAGUCCGUACCCACAGUACCUCACCUGUACUCCCAGCCUGUACACCCAACCCUUCCCUACUCUCAGCCCGUGCCCCAGCCCGUACCCCCAGCAUGUACACCCAACCCUUGCCUAACCCCAGCCCGUGCCUCAGCCCGUACCCCCAGCCAGUACCCCCAGCCCCUACCCCCAGCCCCUACUUUUAGCCCGUACCCCCAGCCCGUACCCCCAACCCGUACCCCAGCCCGUGCCCUCAGCCGUACCCUCACAUGUACCCCCAGUCCGUACCCCCAGCCCGUACCCCCAGAAACUAAAGACGAAUCAAGUGGUGUAGUGAUCCACAACAUGAUCGGGGGAAUAAAAAUCAAUUUGUAUUCCAUAAUCAAGGCGCUGGAUCAGAUAGGAUUAAAUUAUAUUGAGGAUUUGUUAACUUGA